AUUAGUGACAGACAACGCUGUGGCAAUCUGACAGCGUCAAGUCAUUCAAAAAACAAAUUCGAAUUUAGUCGUGAUUGUUUUGUUUAGAUUAGUAUUUACUUGUUUUAAUUAAUUAGAAUGCCUAAACGAAGGAGAUUAUUUACACCAUUAAAGAAUAGGUCAGCAAAAUCACCCCACAGUAACGAUGCCAGAGAAGUGGCCACAGCUCGUGGGAGGCUGAAGGGAGCCUUAAUGGAUGUACUGGAUCCAACAGCUGAUGAUUCUGAUGCAUCGUCAGAUUAUGCUCCAGAAAAGAGAGACAGCCGAGACUACAGAUCAGAUGAUGAAGACAGAUACAGAAGGAAGAGGUCUCCACACCGGCAGUCUUAUGUCCUGAAGCUGUUUGACCGAAGUGUAGACCUGUCACAGUUCAGUGAGGAGUCUCCUUUGUACCCUAUAUGCAGAGCUUGGAUUGUUAACCAGCCGAGAGCUAACUAUAGUGAACUUGGGAAAAAGGAACACUCCCAAUCAUCAUCAUCAGAAAACUUGGAGCUGCCUGGACCAGAAGGACCGCAUGUGUCUAAGAUACCCCCCUUAUUACCGGAGCAACUGAAAGCUGACAAAAAUAAUAUCAACUUGAAUUAUCGUGAGGCUCCACCACCGACAAAGGAGCAGCUCCUAGCUUCUCACUCAUCCCGCUGGGUGGCAGUGCGACAGGCCUGGUUGGAACAGGCUGCCAAAGUGGAGGCGCGCUACGAGAACACACAGCAGGUCCUCAACAAGAUCAAUGUCAAUGCCAUCUAAACAUCGCUGCUAUCGAGAGCUACCUGAAUUUACUAAACAUUUUGAUUUAUUUACAAAUAUUUGUAUGUUAUUGAUUAAUACCCAAUCAUGUUGAUUUGACGAAAGUGUGAGAAUGAAACAAUUAGUGUUUUUAUAGUGAUUUAUUGUAAAUAUAAGAAUUAUAGUGAUUAUAUCAAUCAUGCACUUU